AUGUCGGAACCACUCACCAAGGUCGACUCCGCCGUCCAAGGCCUCUCUUCCUCACCUCCGAAGGAGUCUCACCCCAAGCACCGAAGAGCGAGCUCAAGUGCCAAUGGCGUCAUGAACAUCAAUGACCUCGAGAAGGACGGCAUUGAGCUUCAAAUCGCAAAAGAAACCCAAAAAACGGGCUGGAAAAUCAACACCUCUCCAACAACAAUUGAUGAGAAGGAGGUCCUGAAGAAGAUGCUCACCACACCCCCGGUCAAGAAGAUUGACCUACACUUCCCCCUAGGCCUAGAGGUAACGGCACGAAACCUCAAGGGUGUCACCAUCAAGGAUGCAAUGGACGCCAUCCACAAGCAGUACAAGAAGAGAGCCGAUGAUGAACUAGAUACGCCCUACCUCGCGGGAUUCGAGUGGGAUAAGGAGGAGUCGUGGACUCGGCUAAUUGUGCACUUGCAAAAAGAGAGCGGCGCCCCCAUGUCCUCCAAGAAGAAGAAGAAGGGUGGUGACGAGUAA